GGGACGCGGAGCGGGAGCCCGGGACGUCGUCGCCACCUGCGCGGCCGUCGCCAAGAUGGAACCUGCUGCUCUGGCCCUGGGCAGACAGACGGACAACUCCUGAACUGCCCCUGCUGCCCCAAGAUGUCAUGGCACCCCCAGUACCGCACCUCCAAGUUCCGUCAUGUCUUUGGCAAAGUAGCCUCCAAGGAGAACUGCUACGACUCUGUGCCCAUCACCCGGAGCGUCCACGACAAUCACUUCUGCGCUGUGAACCCCCACUUCAUCGCUGUUGUGACUGAGUGUGCUGGUGGUGGGGCCUUCCUUGUCAUCCCCCUGCAACAGACUGGAAAGCUAGACCCCCACUACCCAAAGGUGUGUGGACACCAAAAGAACGUAUUAGACAUCAAAUGGAACCCCUUCAAUGAUUUUGAGAUUGCCUCGUGUUCUGAGGAUGCCACGGUGAAAAUCUGGGACAUCCCCAAGCAAAUUCUGGCAAGGAACAUCACCACCUGCCGAAAGGAGCUGCUGGGCCACGCCCGUAGGGUGGGCCUGGUGGAGUGGCAUCCCACUGCUGCCAACAUCCUCCUCAGUGCUGGCUACGACUACAAGGUAAUGGUCUGGAACCUGGACACAAAAGAGUCUGUAAUCAUGAGCCCCGUGAGGACAAUUCACUGUCACCAGGACGUGAUCCUAUCUAUGUCCUUCAACGCGGAUGGCAGCCUGAUAGCCACCUCCUGUAAGGACCGAAAGAUCCGGGUGAUUGACCCCCGUGUGGAGACCUGCCUCCAGGAAUCAAGCUACAAGGAGCACCGAGCCAACAAAGUCUUAUUUCUGGGAACCCUGAAGAAGCUCCUGUCCACAGGCACAUCCAGAUGGAACAACCGGCAGAUGGCCCUGUGGGACCAGGACCACCUCAACAUGCCCAUUGUGGAGGAGGACCUGGACGGCUCCUCAGGUGUGCUGUUUCCCUUCUUUGAUGAAGACACCAACAUGCUCUACAUGGUGGGGAAGGGAGAUGGGAACAUUCGCUACUAUGAGGUGAAUGCCAACAAACCUCAUCUCAGCUACCUGACCGAGUACCGUUCCUCUAACCCACAGAAGGGUAUCGGUGUUAUGCCAAAGAGAGGUUUGGACGUAUCUUCCUGUGAGAUCUUCAGAUUCUACAAGUUGAUCACAACCAAAAGCCUCAUCGAACCCGUGUCCAUGAUUGUACCCCGGAGGUCGGAGUCCUACCAAGAAGACAUCUACCCCCCAACAGCAGGGGCCCAGCCAUCCAUGACGGCCCAGGAGUGGCUUAACGGGAUGAAUAAAGGGCCAGUCCUGGUGUCCCUAAGGCCAGGAGGCGAACUGCUGAACUCCCAACCACAGCCCAGCCUCCAAACUAUGACCUCACAGAAGCCCAACCCUGGGCCUCUGCCCCCAGCCUCUCCCCGGCUCCUGAGCCAGACAGAAAAGCUGGCCAUGGAAGAUGGUUGGCGGCCCAGCUCUGGGCCCAGACGGGAAGCAGAGUGGCAAGUGGAGGAAAAGAAGGCCUGGCUGACUAAUGGCAUUGAUAUAUUUGACUACCCUCCACCAAAGACAGAGAAUGAGCUGGUAUCUAUGUUCUAUCGGCAACAGGAUGAGAUCCGGAGGCUCCGUGAAACUAUUAAGUCAGCGCGAGGUGCUAGGCCAAACAGUUGGAACUUGGAGAUCAAAAACCUGCAGAUGGGCCCAAAGAGAUUCUGAGCAGAGCUCUCUGCCCCUCCUGCCUCAGGGACACUACUGGGCUCUUGGGGAAGAUCAAGGAUCCAGCCCCGAGCCCCCCAGGAAAAACCACCUUUGUUUCUAUAUUUUUGUUGGAGUGAAACCCUCAGUUGCUGAAAGAUUCCCAUGAAACACGGUGCCGGGUUUUUCUCUUUGCCUUCUUGAACAGCAGUUUCUGAAUCAAAUUGACCCUUUAGAUGAGGAAUCUUGCCUUCUGUUUAAUUCUGUCUUGGGAAGUUAGAAGGGGCUCAAGAUGAGCUUGACUUCCAGAGGUGGAGAAGAAAACUAUAGCAACUUAGAGCUGGUCAGGAAGUGGGGGAGAGGUAU